AUACAGAAAACUUGCGUUCAGCAGUCGAUUUUAUCAGUGUUUUAAACGCAAAAUGCUUGUAAAUUCGGCAAAUCGAGUUUAUAAGCGUUUGCAUCUUAAAUUUUUUUUUAACUCUUCCAGUUCCCGAUGCUGUUGAGAGCCUUUUUUCAUCAUGAAAAAUGCAUGCAAAGCGUUUUCAAAGUACUCAGAUAGACAAAACACUGAAAACAGGAUGUUCCUCCCAAGUUUAUCACACAUUGUAAUGACCAAUUCAUACCUCAGACCUCUCUCACCCUUGGAAACAAAAGAUAUAUUAAUGACCAUUCACACCUCAAAUUCCUUAUGA